GCUUGGCGGGCUUGACUCCUUUCGUUUGGCUCGUUUGUUUUUUGCAUUUUCUGGUUAUAUAAACCAUAAAGUGUUAAUCAUAUUUGAUAAUUAUUUCAAAUAAUUUCCUGUUUUAUUAAUAAGAUUUUAAUCUAUUUCAUGUUGGAAUCGUAGUAAUCGGUUUUUCAGUUUGCUAGAGGAGUGUUGUGCAAAAGCAAAAAAUGGCGGAUAUAAAGGUAGGAUUUUAUUUUGGUAAUAAGAGGUCUCUAAACACGUUGUUCCUGGCUUAGAGCUUCUGUUUUUUUUUCAAUUAUUCAUGCUACUCUAUAGAUGUUUUUUUUAUUCCCGUAAAACUAGUGCUAUUAGUGGUCAUACAGGACAUUUAUUUGUGCCGUUAGUACAGUCUAUGUUUGCAAACAUGUCCAAUGGAGGAGGAGGAGACGAUGGGACGGCUGGAGAGUCAUCAGCACCAAAGCUCAAAGGCAAGAAACCGACAACCAUUGAAGAGACUUAUCAGAAAAAGUCACAGUUGGAACAUAUUUUACUUAGACCUGAUACUUAUAUCGGAUCAGUGGAAAAGGUUUCCGACACAAUGUGGAUCUACGACGGUGAAAAACAAAUGAUGAUACAAAAACAGAUAGAGUAUGUACCUGGCUUAUACAAAAUCUUUGACGAAAUUCUAGUAAACGCUGCAGAUAAUAAGCAGCGAGACAAAAAAAUGGAUUGCAUCAAAAUCGAAAUUAAGCCUGAAGAAAAUCGCAUUUCGGUUUGGAACAACGGUCAAGGUAUACCUGUAGCUAUGCAUAAAGAUGAAAACAUGUUUGUGCCAACAAUGAUUUUUGGACAUUUACUUACAUCGUCCAACUAUAAUGAUGAAGAAGAAAAAGUUACUGGGGGCAGAAAUGGUUAUGGUGCCAAACUCUGUAACAUUUUCAGUGAUAAGUUUAUUGUGGAGACUGCCUGUAAGCAAUAUAAAAAGGAAUUUAAGCAAAUCUGGGGCAGCAAUAUGAGCAAAGCUUCUGAACCUAAAAUAAAAGCCUUUGGAGGUGAAGAUUACACAAAAAUCACGUUUCAUCCUGAUUUGAAAAAAUUCAAAAUGGAAAAAUUAGAUGAUGACAUUGUGGGCUUAAUGUCGAGAAGAGCCUACGAUAUUGCUGCUUCUACUAGAGGUGUAAAAGUAUUUUUAAACGGCGAAAGAUUGCCAGUGAAAACCUUCAAAGACUAUGUGGAUUUGUUCAUUAAAGGCAAAGAAGAUGAAAUGGGCAAUAAUUUAAAAGUUGUUUACGAAUCGCCAAACGAACGGUGGGAAGUGGCUGUUACGUUGUCUGACCGCGGUUUUCAACAAAUGUCGUUUGUCAAUAGCAUUGCUACCACUAAAGGGGGUAGGCAUGUGGACUAUGUUACAGAUUUGAUAGUUAAGCAACUUUUGGAUACAAUAAAAAAGAAAAAUAAAGGCGGCACAAGUGUAAAACCAUUCCAAGUUAAGAAUCAUAUGUGGGUUUUUGUAAAUUGCCUCAUAGUAAAUCCAACCUUUGAUUCACAAACUAAAGAAAAUAUGACAUUGCAAAUGAAAAGCUUUGGAUCAAAAUGUAACUUGUCAGAAAAAUUUAUAAAUCAAGUUCAAAAGAGUGGCAUAGUAGAAACUGUGUUGUCUUGGGCUAAAUUUAAACAGCAAAAUGAGUUGGUUAAAGCUAGUGCCGGCAAAAAAACUAGCAAACUUAAAGGGGUACCCAAACUAGAAGAUGCCAACGAUGCUGGAACAAAAAAUGCUCUUAAAUGUACCCUAAUUCUAACAGAAGGAGAUUCGGCCAAAUCUUUGGCUGUUUCAGGACUGAGCGUUAUUGGCAGAGAUCAUUAUGGAGUAUUUCCUUUAAAGGGUAAAUUGCUUAAUGUUAGAGAGGCGACACAUAAACAAAUAUUGGAAAAUGCUGAAAUCAAUAACUUGGUGAAAAUUAUCGGUCUGCAAUACAAAAAAAAGUACAACACUAGAGAAGAUAUGAAAAUGUUGAGAUAUGGCAAAGUCAUGAUAAUGACUGAUCAAGAUCAAGACGGGUCUCACAUUAAGGGAUUGCUGAUUAAUUUUAUACAUUACAAUUGGCCAGAACUGUUGCGCUUAGAUUUUCUGGAAGAAUUCAUCACACCUAUUGUAAAAGCCAAAAAGAAGAAUCAAGAAUUGUCUUUUUAUUCGCUGCCAGAAUUUGAAGAAUGGAAAAAAGAUACUCCCAAUCAUCAUACAUAUGGAAUAAAAUACUACAAAGGUUUGGGUACCUCCACUUCAAAGGAGGCUAAAGAAUAUUUUUCCAACAUGGAUCGCCAUCGAAUUAUUUUCCGCUACAAUGGACAACAGGACGAUGAUCAUAUUGAACUAGCUUUCAGUAAAAAGCACGUUGAAGCCAGGAAGGAGUGGCUUACAAAGUUUAUGAGGGAAAGCAAAGAACGAAAAGAAAUGGGCCUUCCUGAAAGAUAUCUCUACACCAAGGACACCAAAGCUGUCAAUUAUAAAGAUUUCGUCAAUCUAGAAUUGGUUCUAUUCUCAAAUGCGGACAAUAUACGUUCAAUUCCUUGUUUAGUAGAUGGGCUAAAACCUGGCCAGAGAAAGGUACUUUAUACAUGUAUGAAACGUAACGACAAAAAAGAAGUAAAAGUAGCGCAGUUGGCUGGUUCCGUGGCAGAACAUUCCGCCUACCAUCACGGUGAAGCAUCCCUCUGUUUGACAAUCGUGAAUUUGGCGCAGAAUUAUGUUGGCAGCAACAACAUUAACCUCUUAGAGCCCAGAGGUCAAUUCGGGACCAGAUUGGCUGGAGGCAAAGAUUCGGCCAGUCCCAGGUAUAUUUUUACAAAAAUGUCCCCGCUAACCCGCAUGAUAUUCCACCCUAAUGAUGAUGCUCUGCUCAAACACGAAUACGACGAUAAUCAAAAAAUUGAGCCUGAAUGGUACAUGCCCAUCAUUCCCAUGGUCUUAGUAAAUGGAGCUGACGGUAUCGGAACUGGCUGGAUGACCAAAAUACCAAAUUAUAAUCCUAGGGAAUUGGUGGAGUGUAUAAGAGCAAUGUUGGAUGACGAGGAGCCUAGAGCAUUACACCCUUGGUACAAAAAUUUCAAAGGCACAAUCGAAUUAUGUGCAGAACAGCGCUACUGCGUCAGUGGCGAAAUAUCAAUUAUUGGUAAUCAAAAAGCUGAGAUCACUGAACUUCCUAUUGGUACCUGGACCCAGAACUACAAGGAGAACACCAUGGAAGCCAUGCUGAAUGGUACAGAUAAAAGUCCAGCAGUGCUUACGGACUAUAAAGAGUACAACACAGACACCCAAGUCCGAUUUAUAGCCACUCCACAAGCCAAUCAGAUGGCAACAAUGGAAAAAGAAGGUUGGCACAAAGUAUUCAAAUUGCAAACUGUUAUUUCAACCACGUCAAUGGUGUGCUUCGAUGAAUUAGGCUGUAUAUGUCGUUUCGAUUCAGUUAUGGAGAUUUUGCAGAGUUUCUAUGCAUUGCGUUUGAAAUAUUAUAAAAAGAGGAAGGAUUAUAUGACGGGAAUGUUGGAAGCAGAGGCGCAGAAGUUGUCGAACCAGGCUCGAUUUAUUAUGGAAAAAUGUAAUGGAACUUUGACGGUAGAAAACAAGAAACGCAAAGCUAUAGUUGAAGAACUGAUAAAAAGAGGGUACCACCCAGAUCCAGUUUACACCUGGAAAACCGAAAAUUUAAAGGACGCUGAAGACGAGACUCAAAACGAGGAAGAGGAAGAGGAAGAUGAUUCUGAGGCGACGACCUCAAAGAGCAAAAAACCAGUUGAUCCUGAAAAAGCUUUCAAAAACCUCUCUGAAGUGAAAAAGUUCGAUUAUCUGCUUGGCUUGUCUAUGUGGAUGUUGACUGAAGAAAAGAAGAAUGAAUUACUUAGACAGCGUGAUGUAAAAAUUGCUGAGUUGGAGGCGUUGAAAAGGAAAACCGAAAAGGAUUUAUGGCGCGAUGAUUUGGACACUUUUAUACUGAAACUAGAUCAAGUUGAGGAAAAGGAACGGAAAGACGAACUAGGAGUUAAGAAAGAAAAAACUGUGGGCAAGAAGGCCAUCAAACGGGAAUCUGUAGUACCCAUGGGCACCGGUGAAAGAAUCGUACCUGUAGUGUCAGAAGAACUUAAGAAGAAAGUUCAAAACGCCAUAAAAACGAAAGAGAACAAAGGUAAGAGAGCAGUGAAGAAAGAACCAAUUGAAAUCGACGAAGAUGAAUUUGAUGUCAUGGUCAAGGAUAAGAGAACGCUGGAGGACAAGUUGCAAGAUUCGAAAGAAAAAAAGAAGAAAACUGGGAAAGCGGGCACGGACGGAUUGAAGCAGACGAAAUUGAAUUUCGAUAAGAAAGCCGCCAACGGUGCAGAAAAGAAACGCGGCGGUGGCAGCGGCAAAAAGAAACCGCUCUCAGAUGAUGAGGACGGGGACGUCAAGUCUGAUAGUGAUAGUUCUUUUGAAGCCAAUGUCCCUGCAUCGCCGGUAAAAGAGCGCAGCAAUGUCAGGAGGGCGAAGGCAAACAAGAUAGUUUACAAGUUAGAUGACUCGUCAGAUAAAUCGUCAGAUGACGAAGUUCUACACGAUAAUGUUUUGGUUAAAGAAGAUAAAAAACCAGCAGCCUUAAUAAUGGAUGACAGCGAAGAAGAUGAACCGCCGCCGACAUUGCAGCAAAGUUCCGAAGAUUUGUUUGACAGCCUAGUAGGCUCUUCCACUACGGCAAAACGUGCAUUGGAUUCAGAUUCAGAAGACGAUUUUAAGCCACAGAAAAAACAGCCAGCCAAAGCUAAGGAGGAGAAACCGAAAAAGCCUAGAGCCAAGAAAAAGAAAAUGGACAGCGAUUUCGAAGAGGAAAAGCCAAAAAAGACUAAAACGAAAGCGAAGAAAUCAUUUGACUCUUCUGGUGACAAUCUGUCAGACGACUCUUCUGUUGGUCGAAAACCAGUUGCGAGCAGGCCUGGUAGAGGAGCAGCCAAGAAAACGACGUAUGUUUAAAGGAACAUUGGUUAUUGAAGAGAGAAGCUCAGUAAUUUCUUUUUUCUGUCCUUGUGGAUAUUUGGGGGAUCGGCUUCCAAUUUACGCAACAGCUGCUAGAAGUAUGUAAUUGGCAAUUAGGUCAACCGAAGCAGUUUUCAAUUAUUAUUUAUAAAAGACAUGUGGUCAGUUGAAUGAGAGCAAAGUUGCGACUACUUCUGGAGAUUUGCAGAUUGACUGAAUGGUUUUUAUUUUUAUUUUUUAUUUGAACAGUCAUUUUUGAUUUAUCUUAAAUAUUUUCACCAAAAGUAUUCGAAACUUUUGGAAUGGUGCCUAACGAAGCACUAAACAUUCUAUAUUUGCUCCCUAUGUUAACUUGAAAUUAAUUCAAUUGAAGACUCAAUAUUCUUUCUUUUUAUUUCCUCAAUUGUCAUGUACAGGGUGUUUGUUUAUAACUGGAACACUCGAUAACUUUUUUAUUAUUGAAAAUAAAGGGCAUGUUUAAAUUGGAAAAUUUCUUGGUAAAUUGCAACGAUCUUUGUCGCUACAACGAUAUUUUUUGUCACCAUAGAUAUACAGGGUGCGCCAAAAAAGUCAUUUUUGUAAAUGGCACGCCCUGUAUAUUUUUGCAUUUUUAAAAUUCUUAGAAGAUAAGCUUCACGAAAAUAUCAAACACUAUUUGGAAAACAAAAAUACACAGUGCGGUUUAUUUAAAAAAAAAAACCUUUUUGGCGCAUCCUGUAUACCUAUGACGACAAAAAAUAUCGUUUUAGCGCUUAAGGUUGCAAUUUACCAAGAAAUUUUGAAACUUAAACAUACCCUUUAUUUCCAAUAGUAAAGAAACUUGCUGAGUGUUCCAGUUAUAAACAAACACCCAGUACCAUUGAAAAAUGUUGCACACCUUUAUACGAAAAUAACUGUUUCUUUAUUUUUUCUCAUAAAAAAAUUCUUCAACUGAUGUUAUGUAAUUUAAAAAUAACUGAUAUUUAGCAGUACAUAAUUACAUAUUGUUUUUUGCUCGAAAAACCAACAUAUCGUUGUAAAAAGUUCUUGGUGCCAGUCCUGCCUAAAGCACAAGUGUAUUUUUCUAUUUUGGUGUCAUAUCGAAGUCUUUUCGACACUAAAAGUAGUUUCGAAAAGAAGCUCUUUGUGACACUCCUUUUUUACUUAUCGAAGGUUGGUAACACUGGCUGACUGAUGGCCAUCGAACUGUCAUUCGCGAUAAAAUAGAAGAUUUCUAUAUUUGGCAUGUAGUGUUACCAACCUAAACAUAUGAAAUCAGGAAAUAUGAGAAUAAAAUUUCCAAGAAAAAUUUGUUUUUUUCAAUUAAACAAUACCAAAAUAGAAAAAAUAGUAUAAAAUAUUCGUUUCAUAAGACAUUUUAUCGCACUCGCCCUUUAGAAAACUCGCCUCCGGCUCGUUUUCUAAUAUAGGGCUCGUGCGAUAAAAUGACGUCUUAUGAAACUUGUAUUUUAAUGUACUAUUUUGAUUUAGGAUGCGAGAUGUUUUAAUAGUGAUGUUGGUUUUGGAUAGUUCAUUAUGAACUUAGCAAAACUCUCACUUUUUUAAUAUAAUUGUGUAAUUUAUAUUUUUUUAAAUAUGUUCUUGUAAUAAAAAAAGUAUUUAUGACGAA